CGCCUAUCAGGCUCCCGUCGCAGCUCCAUGCACGAGACGCUGAUGACGUCCUUCUCCUGGCGCUGGCUACGGAAGCCGAGUAGGGGAAACGGGCGGUAACGCGGCGGCGGCGGCGGCGCUUGUGGGUCUCCACCCGAGAGCAUGGCGGCCGCGGAUGUGUCGGUGCGCAGAAGAAGCGGCGGAAUGAAAACACAGCCGAGGGACUGUCUUCUCUAAACUGCUCUUCCAUCCGGCUGCUUUAAAGACAAUCUGAUUUUUCUUCGCAGCCCCGAGAUUCCGGGUGCAGCUUUGUUAGCUUAGCUCAUACCGCAUCUAAUGUUACUCUGCGCAGGAGUAGCGCCGGUUUUCCCACUCGGGUGAUUUAGGACGGUGAGCUCAGCAAAUGAAAGAGCCGGAGCUACCUAACGUGCCGACGCUGGAAAACGUGCAGCCGCCUGGAUUGCGGUAAUAGUCGAUACCGGACAGGAUCGCGAUAAUGCAGCGCUUGUUCUCCGUUUCCUUGUUCGGGCUCCGCGCCUUUGUGCGCCGCUUGUUUACUUCGCCUAGCUAAAAGCGAGAAGGGCUCCAGGAGCAGCAUGGGACCCGCUCCGUCUCUGGCACUGUAGCUCAAACUCAGCUUUGCCUUUUAUUACGCGUUUUAAAUGACGAGUACCGGGUGCUAGUGCACGUUUUCUGUUGUUCCCCCCCUCCCUCCCCUUUAACGGUGUGUUAAGAGCUAUGCGCGAGUACAAAGUGGUGGUGCUGGGCAGCGGCGGCGUGGGCAAGUCCGCCCUCACCGUGCAGUUCGUCACCGGCACCUUCAUCGAGAAGUAUGACCCGACCAUCGAAGACUUCUACCGCAAGGAGAUAGAAGUGGACUCGUCGCCCUCGGUGCUCGAGAUCCUGGACACGGCCGGCACGGAACAGUUCGCCUCCAUGCGCGAUCUGUACAUCAAGAACGGCCAGGGCUUCAUCCUGGUCUACAGCCUGGUGAACCAGCAGAGCUUCCAGGACAUCAAGCCCAUGCGGGACCAAAUCAUCCGCGUGAAAAGGUAUGAAAAGGUGCCGGUGAUCCUGGUGGGUAAUAAAGUGGAUCUGGAGAGUGAGCGGGAGGUGUCGGUGAGCGAGGGUCAGGCUCUGGCUGAGGAAUGGGGCUGCCCCUUUAUCGAGACCUCAGCCAAGAGCAAGACCAUGGUGGACGAACUGUUUGCCGAAAUCGUCCGACAGAUGGACUACGCAGCGCAACCUGACAAAGACGAUCCCUGCUGCUCCUCCUGCAAUAUACAAUAACCCUCCUGUAUGAGGGCUCACGAAAACACACACAUGCACACCUGACACACUGCACAUACAUGCACAAACAUGCAGGCACAGUCAUAUACAUUUACAAAUUACACAUAACUUUCAGUAGAUGUUCUUUCUGGUGCAUCAGUUUUCUCAUAGUGGAAUUCAUUCUGGCGUAUACAUGUCCGAAUGAGGAGAUUCUUCUUUCUUUCUUUUUUUUGUCACUUUACCUGACUGACUCUCAGAGAAGUGCACUGGCCUUACGAGUGAGUGCCCUGUUUCCUGACGGAGCUUAAUGUACACUACUCUUCUGGUUUAACACUAUUUAGCCAUUGUUCUUUUUGGUUUUUGGUUUUAUUUUUUUGUCCAUAACAGUUCUUUUCCCUGUUGAUCAUUUUGAUUGAAGAUGUGUUUCUAAUCAUGUAACUUAGACGGAGCUCUUAUAGCCGAGGGAUCGAACCUCCACAACCUCAACCAUUAAACUUUAAUAAAAGAUUGAUUAGUAGAAACAGAUAGGAUGAAACACCUACUUCAACACUACAGAAGAAAAGAAAAACCCAUUUCAAAAACACCUCCUUUCCCUCUUUGGUCUCAAUUAUUGGAAUUGUAGACAAUUCUGUUUCGUUUGUUUUUAUUUCUUGAGCAUCAGUGUGAUGUUGUGUAUCAGUUGUGUGUUCUCUUUCUGAGAUAUGAUGACAAGACUCUGACUAGAGAAAACCCAGGCCUCUUUCAGUUUCCGCGCAGUUUUCAUUAUCCAGCAUUUGCUCCUGAGUUUGGGUUAAACAUUCUUCACAUGGUGCCAUCAAACUCCAAUCCAGUGCUAGCGUUUCACAACAAAAAAAUAAAAAAGGUGCACAGGGAGAAAACCAAUUUCAAACAGUAAUGAAAAUCAUUGAUGUUGAUGCCGGUAGUCUAAAUACAGAUAUGGAUGUUGUCAGUUCCACUCCGCCUCCUUCUUCCUGUGGGCCUGUGGACUGUGUGCAUGGCCAGAAAACUGAACAGCCUGAAGCAGAUUUAAAGAGUUUGAGCCAAAACGACGAUCACUCCGGUCAGACCAGAGCGGCGAGGUGCUGUGUAUUCAUUGUUGAUUUUAUAUUUUUUUAUGUGAACAUUUACUCUCUCCUUCCUGAAUGAAUGGUGACACUCUUUCAUUUGGCACCUCAAUAAAGUGUGUUCAACACAUCA